AUGGCUACUCCAACGGAAGCUGUAACAAUGGCACAAGAAGUAGUUAAAACCAUGUUAGCCAAAGGAUACAUCCUAGGCAAGGAUGCAUUAGCCAAGGCGAGAGAGUUUGAUGAAUCCCAUAAAGUGUCUGCCGCAGCUGCUGCGAAGGUUUGUGAAUUGAGCAAGAGAAUUGGGCUCACUGGCAGGAUCAAUGCAGGAGUUGAUACGCUCAAAUCAGUGGAUAAGAGGUACAAUGUCUCUGGAAUUACUGGCACAGCAUUGGCAGCUACAGGCAGGGGUGUGGCAGCUGCAACCAAUGCCUUUGUUAAGAGCAGCUACUUCUCUGCUGGCGCUCUUUGGGUGUCUGAUGCUCUUGCCCGGGCUUCUAAAGCUGCAGCUGAACUGGGAAGUCAUUCCAGUAAGAAGUGAACUAUGGAAACUUUUUAUGCUCGACUGUACUGUACGAAUUGGCAAUCUAAGCUGGCCUUCUUUCUGCUUGGUUAAGCAAGGACAGUUCUUUUCUGUAAUGUAAUUAAUGAUAAUAGUAAUGAGGCUUCCAAAAUUUUAACUA